GAGGGAGUUGUCCCGGAUACCUGUUCUUUCCGAAGGGGCUCUGAGCCACCUCAAAUGCCACGAGACUGAAGAGCAGACGUCGGAGAUUAUUAUGUCGAUUUUCAGAGAACCCGGGUUCACCGCAUGGAAUAGAAGGAAAGGCUGAGUCCUCAGGGAUCCUGCCGGCAUUUGAUACCAGGGAGACCCCAGGAUUGUCCGAAUUGCGUUGGACCAGCAGUUGUCCCAUACUUACAUCCUGCAUUUUCAAAGAAAAUAUCUUCCGUUUGCUGUACUGGUCUUUAAUGCCAUCAAUAAUACAUUCUCCCCGGUGCAGAGACUUCAGCCUCUUUUUUCAAAGUAUGUUUUAUGUUUUUGCCAAAUAUGAUCUCUAAUUGAAAGUUUAUUUUUUGGUUUUGGAUGAAUCUGUGGAGCUUACGCUGUAAGAAAAAAGGGGGAACAAGACACAAUGAAAGAAAAGUCCAAAAAUGCUGCUCGGACUAGGAGGGAGAAAGAAAACAGUGAAUUUUAUGAACUGGCUAAAUUACUGCCUUUGCCCUCGGCUAUCACCUCGCAGCUGGACAAAGCAUCCAUAAUCAGACUUACGACCAGCUAUCUCAAAAUGAGAGUGGUGUUCCCAGAAGGGCUCGGAGAGGCUUGGGGCCACUCGAGUAGGACCAGCCCCCUGGACAACGUUGGCAGAGAACUGGGCUCCCAUUUGCUCCAGACCCUGGAUGGCUUUAUCUUUGUGGUGGCCCCAGAUGGGAAGAUCAUGUACAUCUCGGAGACAGCCUCCGUGCACCUGGGUCUUUCUCAGGUAGAACUGACGGGAAACAGCAUUUACGAAUACAUCCACCCAGCUGACCAUGACGAGAUGACGGCGGUGCUCACGGCGCAUCAACCCUACCACUCCCACUUCGUGCAGGAGUACGAGAUCGAGCGCUCCUUCUUCCUGAGGAUGAAGUGCGUGCUGGCUAAGAGGAACGCCGGCCUCACCUGUGGCGGCUACAAGGUCAUCCACUGCAGCGGCUACCUGAAGAUCCGCCAGUACAGCCUGGACAUGUCCCCCUUCGACGGCUGCUACCAGAACGUAGGCCUGGUGGCUGUGGGGCACUCCCUCCCUCCCAGCGCGGUCACGGAGAUCAAGCUGCACAGCAACAUGUUCAUGUUCCGCGCCAGCCUGGACAUGAAGCUCAUCUUUCUGGACUCCAGGGUGGCAGAGCUGACCGGGUACGAACCUCAGGACCUGAUCGAGAAGACUCUGUAUCACCACGUCCAUGGCUGUGACACCUUCCAUUUGCGCUGCGCUCACCACCUGUUGCUGGUGAAGGGGCAGGUGACCACCAAAUACUACAGGUUCCUGGCGAAACAUGGCGGCUGGGUCUGGGUGCAGAGCUACGCGACCAUCGUGCACAAUAGCCGCUCUUCCAGGCCACACUGCAUCGUCAGUGUCAACUAUGUCCUCACGGACACGGAAUACAAAGGGCUGCAGCUCUCCCUGGAUCAGAUCUCAGUCUCCAAACCUGCCUUCUCCUACGUCAGCAGCUCCACCCCCACCAUGACUGACAACAGAAAAGGGGCCAAGUCCCGACUGUCCGGCUCAAAGUCAAAAUCUAGGACUUCACCUUACCCUCAGUAUUCGGGAUUUCACACGGAAAGAUCGGAGUCUGACCACGACAGCCAGUGGGGUGGAAGUCCCCUGACGGACACGGCGUCCCCGCAGCUCCUGGACCCCGCGGACAGGCCGGGCUCGCAGCACGAUGCGUCCUGCGCCUACAGACAGUUCCCGGAGCGCAGCGCUCUCUGCUACGGCUUCGCGCUCGACCCUUCCAGGCUGGUGGAGGAGAGGCAUUUCCACAGCCAGGCCUGCGAGGGGGGCCGCUGCGAGGCGGGCAGGUACUUCCUGGGGGCGCCGCCGGCCGGGAGGGAGCCCUGGUGGGGCUCGCGCGCGGGCCUGGCCCUGCCCAAGGCCUCCCCGGAGAGCAGAGACGCCUACGACAGCAGCCUGCCCCACAUCGCCGCCGUGCACCGGCUCCACGGGCGAGGUCAUUGGGAUGAAGAUAGCGUGGUCAGUUCUCCAGACCCUGGGUCGGCCAGCGAAUCAGGUGACCGAUACCGCACUGAGCAGUAUCAAAGUAGCCCACAUGAACCUAGCAAAAUUGAAACUCUGAUAAGAGCCACUCAGCAAAUGAUUAAAGAAGAAGAGAACAGAUUGCAGCUAAGGAAAGCCCCAUCAGACCAAUUGGCUUCCAUUAAUGGAGCUGGGAAAAAACACCCCCUCUGUUUUGCAAACUACCAGCAGCCCCCACCAACAGGUGAAGUCUGCCAUGGCUCUGGUCUUGCCAGCACUUCACCAUGUGACCACAUCCAGCAGAGAGAGGGGAAGAUGCUGAGCCCCAAUGAAACUGACUAUGACAACAGUCCCACUGCACUGUCUCGGAUAAGUAGUCCCAAUUCGGAUCGCAUUUCGAAAUCCAGUUUGAUCCUGGCUAAAGACUAUCUACAUUCGGAUAUGUCUCCUCACCAGACAGCAGGAGACCAUCCUGCCAUCUCUCCAAACUGCUUUGGCGCUCACCGGCAGUAUUUUGAUAAGCAUGCUUACACACUAACUGGAUAUGCCCUGGAGCACUUGUAUGACAGUGAAACCAUUAGAAACUAUUCCUUGGGUUGUAAUGGCUCACACUUCGAUGUAACUUCCCAUCUAAGGAUGCAGCCAGACCCAGCACAAGGACACAAGGGAACAUCUGUUAUAAUAACCAAUGGAAGCUGAUGUUUUUCUAAAGUAUUUUGUUCUUUAAGAUCUCUGAAACAUAUUUAUAGUUUAAUACCCCAUUACCAGCAUUUACUAUGCUAUAGAUUAUUAGAGGGUAAUUUAAGUUACUGGGUAUUUGAUAUGCGUUCCUAUGAAAAUCAAAGAAAAUACAGCACUAGCAUUCAGGGUUAUACACAGAUAUGGAGCAAAACUGAAUACACAAAUUUCCCCUCUAAUUACAUGGGAACCAGAAUAGAUAAAUUUUCAGUUGAAAAAUACAUAUGUAGAUCGAAUGAGCAUAUGCACCACUUGAAAGCACUGAUGAAUGAUAACCUUGCAUUGUGAUGAUCCAGUGACCCUCACACACACAGUCACUAGCACAAACUGCUGCGUGCGCUUUACAAGCAGAAACAUAGAUUGUGUACGCUAAACAUACCAGAAAUGGGUAACUUCCCUUCACUCUACCGCAUUAAGCUUCUUAAAUUUCCAUUCCCCAAAUAACUAAGAAAGAGAGGGACAUGUCUUGGGAACUAAUCUCUUCUUUUUGGUUUCAAACCAGCCAGCUCGUUUGGUUCAAGCAUAAAUUAGAGAAAUGGUUGUGGAUAUGGUGCAAGAAAGAGUUUUCACCUGGUAUCCCUUCUAAGCAAUCAGGAAGUGGUCAUUUUUGGCCUUAUUUUGAGUUAAGGCAAGGACCAGGAUUCCACUGACAUAGCAGAAAGAAUUUUUUAAAGUAAAAGCACUGAAAUGGUGGGACACACAUCAAAAACCUGGUGUGCUCAACUGGACAUGGUUUGGUGAGGAUGGAAAGGCAGAGGGAAAUGGAAUGCAUCUCAAAACAAGCAGUUUAAAGCUGUGAACAGGUAAAUGAGGUAUUUGAGGUAGUUGAGGUUUGCUUAUAAAAUCAACCAAAUAAGAAAUUGAAAGCAAUUCACCUAGGAAAGAAAAGCAGAAAAAUAAGGUAAACAAGUGAACGGCUACAUGAUAGCAGUGUAAGAGUUUGAAAAUAGUUCAAAGCACAGAUGUGCCCAUGUGACAGCGUGUGUAAGGGCUAAAAGACAGGUGGAUAAGGGCAAGUGGCAAACUCUGACUGGAGGAAUAGGUGAAGUGUUCAUUUUCCUUAUUGUUUGUAAACAACAAACUUGGUUCUAGGUUCUAGGUGGUACAGUAGAAAGGCCAGCUGACUAGAUCCCUGGGUUCCAGUUCUGACCCUUCCUAUAACUUAAUUUUGUGACUACAGAUAUGUGGUCUGUCACCAUGCCUGAGCUCCAGUUUUCUGGUCUAUAAGGGAGUUCCGAUGUUCUGUGGCUCUGUGGUUCAUUGGUACAGCAGGACUGGACUUGUUAACUAGUUAACUCUCUGCAGUAAGUUGUCAAGAAUGAUCAUUCUGGUUUUUCUGCACAUAUACAAAGGUCUAGAUAGUCUGUAACUUCAGCAGGUAUGUGGGCUCCUUUUGGCAGGUACAGUUAUAGUCAACUUUCCAGAUUCAGCCAAAAUAUAGACAGUAGAAAUUUAAGAGAGAGAAGAAAAAUAGUGAGAUUUAUUUAAUGUGUGGUUCUCUAAUAAUCAAAGCAAAAUGGCAUAAGUGAUUAGAGAAGUUUCAUAGAUAGUAUUUCCUAGGAGUCCAAUGCCUGAAACUUUUGCUAUAUUCAAGGAGGGGAGUGUACUGGAUGAACUUGACUUAUAAUUUUGUAACAAGAACAUAGCAUGGAAUACUCAGGGAUUAGUACUAUAUUUUCAUCCUUUAAUACAGUUAUUUGACAGUCGAUAGGUACGUGACAAUCGAAUAAUGAUAAUUUUGAAAGAUGAAUACUGAUUUGUUUGUACAUGAGAGAACAGGCUACAUAAAAUUAAAUAACUGCAACAUUUGUGUUGUAAAUGCAAAAAGUACAAGUGAGAAAGUUAGUGGUUAUCAUAUAUAUUUUCAAAAAAGUUCAAUAUACAGUUGACCCUUGACCAACACAGGUUUGAAUUACAUGGGUCUACUUAUACUUGACUUUUUCAUUAAAACAUGGAUUAAAAUAUGGUAUACAGAGGGUGCCAAACCUGUGUGUACAGAGGGCUGACUCUUUGUGUACACAGGAUGGUAUCCACAGGGCUGCUUGUGGGGACUUGAAUAUACAUGGAUUUGGUUUUGUGAGGGUAGUCCUGAGACAAAUCCCCCAUAUUCCGAGGGGUGACUGCACGAUAAAAAUGAAAUUUUGAACUAUACAAAAAACAGUAUUCAGUAAUUUUGAGGAACCCCUCGGAAUACUCAGAAGGAUUUUUGAUCAGUUUGCAACAUGUUUUAGGAAUACUAAAGGUUUUUGUAGAAUUGUGUAUGUGGAUAAAUGUUUCAAAGACAAAUAUCUGAUGACUGUGGUGUAUUUUGAAAAGGAAAUUUAUACAGAUGAGUUUUACUGAUGGACAUACAUUCUACUAAAUAUGUCAGGAACAUAUUCCAAAAGAGAAAUGAAAACUUAAGAACCAAGGAAAAUGAACUGAUACUAAAGGAAUUUUAGUGGAAUUUUUAUAUGGAGAAUGGUAAAUUUGUGGAAGAAAAACAUGAACAAAAGAUGGGGGUAAUCAAAAGGAAUAAUUCUUUUAAAAUGUUAUGACUGGUAUUUUUAAGGGAAGACAGAAUUAACUAAAUUGUAUCUUCAUUAAAAAUUUUGGUAGAUUGACCUAGUCUUAAAUACAUACAGCCAUUUUUUAAUUAACUGAUUGACAACAAUUUUAUAGAAGCCACUUUUUUACAUGACAUAUAGUGCCUUUUAGGCUCACAGUAUUACAUAGCUUACAUUUUUUCAAUAUGACAUGAUUAUUACAAAAUGACCCAAAGUAACUUAUUUUAGGACAAGGUACAUAUAAAUGUGUUAAAUUGUAUUUACAAUUUACAUUAUUUUGUUCUGUGCAGGAAUAUAUUUCCUCAUAAUGAACAUGUCAUUUGUAUCUUUUAAAAACAUAGGAUAUAAGACAAAUACAUUCCCAAUAACUUAAUCGGUUAAAAUUAAACAAAUUGGCUUUAGUUUCAAUUCUUGAUUUCCAUAACUUUGCUAAAUGCUGAGAACCGUGAAAUGACUGAAAUAGAGAGAAAGUGUUAUUUUUGUAUCACCUUGGGGAUUCAUACACAUGUGUUAUAUCUAAUUACCAGAACACCACGGAUCCAUUCCUUAGAGAAUACACAGAUCAUACUUUUCAGUAAUAGUAAAAAUAUCCUUAUUGCUCAUUUCACUUGCCCUACCUAAUUUAAAAAUUUGGAUGAUAAAUGACUUUCCUCCAAAUCUUCUUUGAGAAAAUUCUGUUAAAACUAUUAUUUAGAAUAUACAGAUUUAAUGUUAUUUUGAGAUGCAUCAUAUUUAUGUGGCAAUCACCACAGAGCAGAUAUUUAGGUGUGUCAGCUCCACAAGUCUUUUGUCAUAGUAUGCUGAAUGUAAUGUACUAGCUUUUCUAAACUGUAAUUGCCUGAUAAAAGAUAAUAUGAUAGAGCUCAUGUGACAUUCAAAACGAGACAGGAUGCAAUAAAUGAUUUGCUUUGGUGUUUAUACAGAAAAACCACUUAUUCUUUCCCAGUUGUAUUUUAUAGGGCUGGAAUAUUUCCACCGGGUACUAUUCUUAAUUUGGACUCCACCCUGCCACAUUCUGCCUCUAGGCACAGAAUCCCACUUAAAAUAACAUUUAAUGGGAUCUUCUAGAAAAGGAUGAAAUACUACAAUUUUCAUUUCUUUUUUUUUUUUUUAAAUGGGGAACAAGGAUCAAUUUUAAUGCAAGAUCAUCUGGAAAAUAUGCAUAGAUAUUUAAAAAUAAAAGACUCCCUUCCCAAGAUCUAGAAAAAAUAAGUUUAGUAGAAGACAGUGCAGCUAAAGAGAUGUUCUGAAUACAGAUUUAAUAUUUAUAGCACUCUCUUUGGAAGAGCAGGACAUUACUGAGAUAUUCAGUGUGAUUCUAUUGGUCCUAGUAAUAUUUGGCAAUGACACAGUGAAUACUGAUAUUUGGAAAACUGAAUAUUUGGGGGGGAAGGAUCACUCACUUUGCCUAGCGGAAUAGCUUACACUUUAAUACAGUCUUUCUGAUUUAAAAAGCUUGAAUGCCCAAAUUUGGCUCUCUAGUUUGCUAAAGUCAUACAUGAAGAUUACAUCCUAUUUUCUGAAAGAAAAGAAUAUAAAUCCUGAGGUCCUCCAAAUAAGUGAUUCAACAUUCAUGUAAAUGUCAAGUUUUUGUGAAUAGGGAUUUAUGUCUAAGACAGCAAAAUCUACUGGCUAGUUCUUACUGUGAAAUGUAUUGUGGAUAAAACAUUAAUUAUCAUUCUAAAUUUUAAAUGAGUGACAAAAUAGCUAUGGACACAUGCAAAAUGUAUCAGAUACAGAAAGUUUUCUUGGGGAAAUUUCCACGUGGUGCUCAUUUCUUGUGCACGAGGGUUGUAUGGAUAGAGCUUCACUAAAAGUGAGAACGUAUGCAUUUCCAAAUCGGGGUUUGUUCACAGUUCCUUCUCUAAAACUGUAUGCAGAAAGUACACCCACACACACAUGAUUUUUAUAUCACCGUGGAGAUUCAUAAAAAUGUACCAUUUCACAUAAGAAAUCCUAAUUGAUACUUUUCAACAAAACAUUUAUAGUUUUAUUUAUUUAUUACAAUUUUGUUGCAUGGGACUUUGCUUUUAUAAACCUAUAUAGGGGGAGCUGAUCUGAGACACACUUAAUCAUGGUUGAAGUUAUACUCCACACCCCUGGUGUGUUUACAUUUCAAGGAAAUAAAAUGGACGUCAAACAAUUUUUAGAAGUACUGUAAUUUUUUUUCUCUUUUCUUUUCCAAAGGAAUGUAUUUCAAAAAAUGAAACAUAGGGGUAGACACUUCAAAAAAGAUAAAAUAUAUUAUGUUUGUUUUUUGACUUACAUGCUAUAAAAAGGAUUAUAUUUGUGAGAAAAUACACUGAUUGCAAAUAUUUCAAAUACCAUCUUGCAAUGUAUAGUUUUUAGUGACAUUGUAGUAUAAAGCUGUAAUUUGAACUUUUACUUUGGAAUGUAAAGUAGAUAAUAUUAGCUAUGUCAAUGAUAUCUUGCAAAGUGUUCCCAUUUAUAAUUAUUUAUAUUGUAAAUAGCUUUCUGAAGUAAAUUCAAAGUUAAUGUGCAUAAAAUGUAUUUAUUACGUGAGGAUUUUUUUUUGGUUUAAAAUAUAGUUGCCAAUAUGCA